UGAUCAGGUUCUACCAAAGUGAAGGAUGCGAAAACCGUUCCGCGGUCGCUGUUUCACCCGGUCGAUAGGAAAGUGAACACACUCCGAUGUAAACAAGAGAAAAACAUGGCUUCGCCCUUGAUCAGGUGCUUCUCAAAGGUUGGUAGGCAGGUGUCCCGACCAUGGAGUGUGUGCCAACAUGGGCUGCGGAACAGAUCCACCCAACCAGACAUGUCUGCAGAGCAGGCUGCUGCUCUGGGGGUCUCCUACCCUCCACUACAGACAUAUUCUGAGGAGGAGGGGAUGAUGAGGGAUGCUGUGAACAAGUUUGCACAGGAGCGUCUUGCCCCGUUUGUGUCGAAGAUGGACGAAAACUCUCUCAUGGACCCGGAAGUGAUAAACUCACUCUUUGAACAGGGGCUGAUGGGCAUAGAGAUCGACCCAGAGUACGGAGGAACCGGCUCCACGUUCUUCUCCUCCAUCCUGGUCAUUGAGGAGCUGGCCAAAGUGGACGCCUCCGUGGCCGUGCUGUGUGACAUCCAGAACACCCUCAUCAACACGCUGUUCACCAAGCUGGGGACCGCAGCCCAGAAAGAGCGGUAUCUCAGCCGGCUGUCAACAGACAUGGUUGGUAGUUUCUGCCUGUCAGAAGCAGAGUCGGGGAGCGAUGCCUUCUCUCUGAAGACGCGUGCUGACAAACAUGGAGACUAUUACGUCAUCAACGGUUCCAAGAUGUGGAUCAGCAACGCAGAGCAAGCUGGGGUGUUUCUGGUGAUGGCCAACGUGGACCCGUCUGCUGGUCACCGAGGUAUCAGCUGCUUCAUCGUGGACAGAGACACCGAGGGGCUUCAGAUCGGCAAGAAGGAGAACAAACUGGGUCUGAGAGCUUCUUCAACCUGUCCUCUCAACCUGGAUAACAUCAAGGUUCCUGAGAAGAACGUCUUGGGUCAGAUCGGCCACGGAUACAAGUACGCCAUCGGCAUGCUGAACGAGGGCAGGAUUGGGAUCGCUGCUCAGAUGCUGGGACUGGCUCAGGGUUGCUUCGACCAGGCCGUUCCUUACACCAGACAGAGGGUUCAGUUCGGCAAACGCAUCUUCGACUUCCAGGCCAUGCAGCACCAGAUCGCCCAUGUAGCCACCCAGAUAGAGGCUGCCAGGCUGCUUACCUACAACGCUGCCCGGCUGAAGGAGGCAGGACGACCUUUCAUCAAGGAGGCCUGCAUGGCCAAGUACUUCACCUCAGAGGUGGCAACGUUGACCACUUCAAAAUGCAUCGAGUGGAUGGGAGGGGUAGGCUUCACCAAAGACUACCCUGUUGAGAAGUACUACAGAGAUUGUAAAAUAGGUACCAUUUAUGAGGGUACAACCAACAUCCAGCUGUCCACCAUGGCCAAGUUUAUAGACAAGGAGUAUGAUCACUGACCUCCUGCCCUGGUCUGGCUGUUUCCUCAUCGUGUAGACUGACCUCCUGACCUGACCUCCUGACCUGGUCUCCUGAUCUGACCUCCUGACCUGGUCUGGCUGUUUCCUCAGCAUGGAGCCUGACCUCCUGACCUGAUCUCCUGACCGUAUCCUCAGCAUGGAGCCUGACCUCCUGACCUGGUCUCCUGACCGUAUCCUCAGCAUGGAGCCUGACCUCCUGACCUGGUCUCCUGACCGUAUCCUCAGCAUGUAGACUGACCUGACCUCCUGACCUGACCUCCUGAUCUCCUGACCAUCAUACACUCCUCUUUGUGACCAACUGGAUUUUAUCACUCGUUGUUGAACUGUUGUGGGAUUUAGGGCUCUAUUCAAUCUGAAUGGUUGGAAGUUCAGCGUUUUACAGCAUGAGAUGAACAUUUUAAAGGCCAUGUUCCCUGGUUAGUGGAGACCGUAUACAUGGUCAACAACCUGUACCACUUCAGCCACCCAGACUGGAUAGAGCCCUUAGUGUCAGACAUUACUGUAGAGGUUAUGUGUGAACCACUGCUGACUAUAUAGUACUAGAGGAUGCUCCAGAAUCAUGUUCACUUCGUCAAUGUAUCUGAUGCUUUCCACUAUGGAUGGAUUGAUGGUUACUGGUUCCAGACCUGGAGAUAGAUGGUGUAAAGUAACUCUGGUGUUUCCAACUGGUUCCAGACCUGGAGAUAGAUGGUGUAAAGUAGCUCUGGUGGUUUCAACUGUUUCCAGACCUGGAGAUAGAUGGUG